UCCACUCUCAUCGAUGAAACCAAAGUUCCUGCAAUAUUUUUCACGAUUUCAACGGCUUGCAUUUUUACGAUUCUACUCACAUAACGCAUACUUGUAGAUGGGGAAACGCAUUCCCCCACAAAAAGCUUCCAACCGCGAAAAGAAAUGGGAUAAGAUUUUCAACGCAUUGGUCAAACUCUCCCAGAAUCUGCAGAACGACAGGCUGAUUCUUGAAGAACGAAUUAAAUACUUGCACGAAUUCAUUUAUAAGAUGAAAAUGGAGCAGAAAGUUAACUCUUUCAAAGCAGAAUUCAAUCUCGGUUUCAAGGAAAGGGAAUCCAUCAUUUUUAAGCAUAGAUAUGAGAAUGCUGAGAAUGAGGCAGCUGACAUCAAAGAAUGGUGUGACUAUCUUGUGCAGAAGUGUUCAGGGCCUAGUGAUGUAUCAAGCAAUAUUAGCAAUAAAGGUGCACUUCAAGAUGAGGUGAGGAUGCUGAAGAAAGAACUUGAAAAAUCUAGAGUGGCGAAGAACUCUGAGAUUUCAGCUCUGUUGGCAGAGAAGGGGUUAUUGUGGAAGCAGUAUGAGCAAAUGGAGGCCAGCCUCACUGAAAAAUUAAGUAAGGAGCGUGAUGAAGCUAAAAAAACAAAUGAAAAGGCUCAGAUUCUUGUAAGCAAAGCCGAUGAGUUACAGAUAUCGAAUGAGAAGUUAAAGGCCAGUAUCACUACGAUGGAAUCUGAAUCAAUUAACAAGAAUGAGGAAAUUGUCAAACUUAGGAAAGAAAUCGAAACCUUAAAUUCCAGAUCAAGGUCAGGUUCAACGUUACUGCAUCCCUGUAAGGGUGAUGCCGGACCAUCUUCCAGGCGAGGCAAGAAAAGUAGCUUCGCUCAUGAAGGGAAGAAUAAAUCAGAUUCUUCACAAACUACUGAGAAGACGACUCGUACAAAGCCAAGUGCUCAUAAGUCAACUGGAGGAAAGGCACCUAGGAAGCGAUUGAUGUUUGAUCCACCUAUCUUUUCCACUUAAAGAUCGGUUUAGCAAACACCUGACCUUUAGCAAGUAUGUGUGUCUCUCUCUGUCACGUAAUCUGUUUGAACAUGACCAGAAUAUUAUACCAUAGUGAAGUCUAGCAAUAUGUUUAUUCAGAGCAUUCUAACUAAUGGUUAAAUCUCAAACAUAAUCUUUUUUAACACCAUAUCCAACCAUAAACCGAACAACUUAUGAAGGACCGAAACUUAAAUGUCUAAGUGAGUGGGGAGUUUUGGCUGACAUACUUUUGGCAUGUCCUGAGUGCUCGUACGGCCUAUGAUCUUGCCACAUUCAGGCUGUGCGAUUCCUUACAGAAAAUAGAUGUUUGAAGCCAAAGCCCUUUCUAUUCUCAUGUCUCUCUUGAACGAUAGCGUAAAUGAUUACACGAACUUGUUUAGUUGGAAGAGACAAGCCGUUGAUUUCAUCAUAGUCCGGGUCAAGAAGAAAGCUGAAGGUGUUACUGUUACCAAGAAAUCAUCAAGCAUCCCUGUUUCGGCCAAGAAGAAGACACCGGGUACAAAUCCUAAGAAGCAGUCGAGGAAAGGAAAGAGCAACGACUCUGAUGAAGACUCGGAUGAUGAUUUUGUUAGUACUAGAAGGCCAAAGAAAGGAAGAGCAUAGUAUCUUAUGCUAAUAGGUAGCCUAUUGACUUCUUUUUUUCUUUCUUUUGAUGUAAUGAAUCUUCAUUCAUUUUCAACAUGAUGGAUCACUUGGAGCUUCAUCUUUUAAGGAAAGAAAGGGCUUCGCUUGUUAUUA